AGAGGAAGUUGCUCGUUUAUGUGAUUGUGUCCCAGGAAGAGGGAACAGAAGCUGUCAGGACUUGGAGAGAUGAGGCUGCCAGUAUGUAUUGGUGUGAUCUUUGUUCUGUCAAUGGUUGGUGGGGUACACAACAGCCAAGACAACUCAGAUAUAGCAGGUGAUGUGAAUGACCUGCUGGAGAUGGUCCCGUUUGACCAGUUAGCAGCUCUCUUCUUUGAAUAUCUCUCAACGGAUGCACAAGUCAACAAAGUCCUACGCUACCUCACCGAUGAGAGAUUCAAAUUAAAUCUCGUCCAGUUUGAAACUUCUGCAGCGUUUCAUGAGGCAUACGACUCCCUGUUGCCACUCGGGGUCGACAUAUACUCAUGGACCAAUGAGUUGAACCGGCUGUUGGACAUUGCCACUAUACGACCAGUGAGACGAAGACGAUCACCAGGUGAUGGGGUCUACAGUCUCGUGAAGGACGCACUGACGUUGCUGCCAAUACAUGAUAUCAAGGAGGCCUACAACCAUAAACUGGACACCAACCCGGCUUUUGAGAGAACAAUGGAUCGUCUGCUGACAGUUGAGUUACGCAAUCACAUCUACACUCUGAUGAGUACGGAGGAGUUUGAGCUGACGACACGACAGUUGGCAGACCUGGGGGUGGCUGUCAGUGACAUUGUUGACCUACUGGAGGACCUCAUUGUUGACUUCUUUGACCUCGACAGCAAAGAAGAAGACGACGAAGAAGGCGACGAGUAAACAGAGCGAAAUAUUACGGAGGAGGCUGAGUCAAAGUUGUAAAUAAAUUAUGUUAACCAUGAAUGUUGUGUGUUCUUG